AUUGAGAGGCAACCUUGCAGGUCCCAGCAAAGUUAUCUAGUCAUGGACUGUCUCGAAUUGAAUAUACACCAACAAAUUCUCUCUGACCUCGCGUCAAGUGUUAUAGUCGAGGAUGGGGCCAGUUUGGCCAGCACAAAGUCCAUCAUAGAAAGCAAAGUCGUAAUUACAAAGGCAGGUCAGGACGUCGUCCCGAAUGGCUCAGAUGACGGAGAGGACACGUCGCGAAUGUUCAUGUCUGCAUCCAGAGUUCAUUGCAACAUAGCAUACGGGGAAUUAGCUAUCCAUUUCCCAACUGACAUUAUUUCUGAGCAUACAAGUACACUUAUUCCGACGCUCAUCGAUAUUCUACGCGGUAUUCCUAGGACUGAAUUCGAUCAAUGUCUAUCGUGGGACGAAUGGUCCUUACCAGAUCAACUGGUCUUUUCCACCGUGUCAGCCUUAUUGCGUAUUGCUCACG